AUGUCACGCACACAAACCUACACACUCGCGCACACAGCGCGAUGCAAGCUCCAGCUCGCCGCCGACCAUCCAGACCGCAAUCUCCGCUUUAUUCUCGGGCACGCCUUUACCCUUGAUAACCUCCGGCUCCGCAUCGCUGAAAUCGAAACAGACACUUCAGCAGACCUGUCCGACUCGGAUGACGAUGAAGAUCUCCCAACUUGCAGCGCGAACGUGGGGCGUGUGGAAAAGCCAAGGAGAGUCAGUUUUCGGAGUGGAAGCCCGCGACCUCAGACAGUGGGGUUAAGGCCGAAAAGCCCACCCCCUGACGAGUUGGCGCAGCUUUCGAGUGAGGAGAGUGAGGAGGAAGAUGAUGUGGAAGAAGACGAUGAGUUUGGAGAGGAGCUUUCACUACAGCGAUUUGAGAGCGCGACGGCUAAGGCGCCACGGAUGGUGGAGGAUGAUGGAGAGGAUGACGAUGAGGGGGAUUUGGGACCGAAGAGCCCAGAGAUGUUGCCGAGUGAGGCGGACUUGAAGAUUAUUACGGGGCAGGAGGAGAGUGAAGAGUUGGAGGAGGCGUACAGGAGGGUUAGUGGGUGUCCUUGUCAUGGGAAGAGUGGGCCGCAUGUGGAAAAGAUUUGGGAGAUCCCAGGGCAGAAGGGGGGGAAUGGUGGGAGAAUGGUAGUUGUGCAAGUUGUUGCUUGA